AUGGCGGCGGUCUGGCGGAGUUUUAAGUUCUUCGAGUCGGAGGUGCUGAAGGGGCCGCUGAGCCGCAUGGAGAUAACGAGUUGCUGCUACGGCCACAAAGCCCUCUUCGUGGGCGACGGCGAGGGGUUCGUGUACGCCGUGGACCGCGGUGGCGCCACGACGCUGCUGGAGUUCCCCGCGUACAAGGGGGCCGUGACGCACAUGAAGCACCUGCGUUCACGGAACGUACUCGUCACCAUCGGUGAUGACGACGCGCUGAACACCGGCAUCCUGCGGGUGUGGAGCCUGGACGCGGUGUCCGAGUCCACACCGCCGUGCAGGGAGCAUCGUCUCUUCGGAGCGAAGUACCCACCGCCGUCUGAGAGUGUUGUUCUGCGCACCAACUACAACGCGGAGUUGAUGAGCUCGUUGAAGUUUAGAGGGCGGGAGGGAGACGCGGAGAACGCCAUCCCUGUGACGGCGUUUCGCACUGUUGUGGUGGACUUUGAUGUCUCGGAGGACCUUCAGAACGCCGCGGUGGCGCUCGUCAGCGACGAGGUUGUGGUCCUGCGCGGCGACCUUGAGCGCGACCCCAGCGUGAAGAUGCGUCGCCUUCGCAGUGGGGUGGCACGCGGGGCCAUCGCUUUUGUCGGCUUCCCGGGGGCGAAGUUCACACCACGUGGGGCGCAGGGCAAACAGCACCUUUUUGGGCCCGGCGCCGGGAACGCUGUCGCGCAUGCGCUGUACAUUGUUUUUGCCGACGUUGUGACGGUGUGGCAGGUGACCGGCGCCGCGGACUACGCUGAGCACCGCUGCGACCCACCCUUUGGGGCGGCGCCGGAGUGCUGCAGCCUGACUGACGGCGGCCAAUUGGUCGUCGCGAGCACCACAAGCGACCAGAUAGCCAUCUUCGGAAGCGAGGAGGUGUUGUCGCCCUCGGCACAGACGUCCAUCACUCUGCCGGUGUUCGAUCCCACACUUUUUGGUGCUGUGCACUUUGCGGAGGUGGAGGGGCGCAAGCGGCGGCUACUGGCACACCGCGGCUACGUCGUUGUGCUGACGCAGAGCGGGGCGCGGCCGGAGAAAUUCACGCUGCAGUGCUACGACCUGUUUAACCGUCUGCGGUGUUUGGCCCGCACGCAGGAGAACGCCUGCACCAACGCCGCGUGGCUGGUCGCCGAUGCAGUCGACAUUCUUGUCAUUUGCCAGGAGGCGAGACAUGAAGAGUUUGUGGCGCAGCGCGUGGUGCGGCUGGUAGAAACGGACCUCCAGGCCCGGCUGGAGCAACUCUUUCAGAAGGAGUGCUACGAUGUGGCGAAGCGGCUUGUGCGUCGGCUGCACGCCGCAGACGCCUCGCAGCAGAUGAGCAUACAGAAGAAGUAUGGUGAUUACCUCGUAUCGAAGGAGAAAUACGCGGAGGCCAUCGAUCAGUACAUUGAGGCUAUUGGCUUCCUCGAGCCCUCGUACGUCAUUCGAAUCUUCGUCAAUGGACAACACACGACCGACCUCACCCGGUAUCUGGAGGAGCUGCACCACAAGCGCCACGGGAACCUCGCCAACCGCAGCCACACGACGCUGCUGCUGAACUGCUACAUCAAACUGCGGGAUGAGGCGCGGCUGUCGGCGUUCAUUCACCGCGACGACAUUCGUUUUGACGCUCACAACGCCAUUGAGGUGUGCCGCCAGGCGGGAUACUACGAUGCCGCGAUUUAUCUUGCGGAGAAGUACGCCCAGCCACACGACUACGUGAUGAUUCAGCUCGAGAACCUCCACAACCCAACGAAGGCGCUUGCGUUUAUUCGCACCUUGGGCGUCGACGACGCCGAGGCCAUCCUGCUCGAGGUUGGGAAGGACUUGGCCGGCAUGGAGCCCCGCGCCAGCACCGAGGUGGUGGCGGAGUUGUGCAUUCAGUGGAAGGGGCCUGCGCGGCGUCUCGCGGACCCCACCCGCCCCCACCGCGGCGCUGCACAGAACUACAGCUAUCCGCUUCAGCGGCAAUCACGCCCGCCGCACCGUGGCGAGGCGAAGGAGUUCAUGCAGGUGUUUGUUGAUUCCCCUGUGUGUUUAUUUUACUUUUUGCGUGCGGUGGUGGAGAGCGGCGUGAUUGACGGCGGAGAUGAGUCGCAGCGGCUGGUGUACAACACCCUGCUUGAGUUGUACAUGACGCGGGAGCUACGGCAGUGCAUCCGCCACCAGGUGACGCCGGAGGGGACGGAGGUGUACACGGUGGAACCCUACGAGCGGCGACUUGAACAGGCGCUGACGUUCAUGGAGGCGUACGCUGGCAGUUACGACGACUACCAUGCCCUAGCCCUGGCGGAGCAGCACGACUUCGAGGAGGGAGUGUUGUUGCUGCUGCGGCGUCUGCAUCUCCCCUCCGAUAUCAUGCAGUACUAUGCGAAGAGGCUGGAGGAGGGUGCCACGCCGGCGAUACGACGGGCAGCGCGAGAGAAACUUAUUGACGCCUGCUGCACCCAACUGCAGCAGGGCGGCGGCAACCUGCAGAGUAGUAGCGGUGGGGUUAGUGACCGUAGCAAGGCGAAUGUGGACAACAGCGGCAACAGAGGGUUCGACGAAUCCACGAAGGAGUUGUGGUUGUCACUCCUUUCGCUGCUUGUCCGCAGCCCAGAUACGGAGUGGAAGGACCUGGUGCAGGUGCUGGAAUGCAUUGAGGCGCACAAUCUCCUCUCCCCGCUCGCCGUGGUGGAGGUUCUCAGCACCAACCCGAAACUUCAGCUUGGCACCGUACGCGAGUACGUUCUGCGGAUGAUGCGCAGGGACGCGCAGCGGGCGGAGGAGCUGCACAGUCUCAUUGACGCGCGGCUGAAGAAACUGCACGAGUUGCACAGCGAAAUAGACGCGUUGCAGACGAAGGCGACCGUCUUCCAGGCGCACAAGUGCUACCACUGCCACACCGCACUGGACCUCCCGGUGGUGCACUUCAUGUGCCAGCACUCCUUCCACCAACGCUGCCUCAAUGACAUCACGGAGUGCAAUGUUUGCGCCCCGGCGCAUCGCCGGCUUGCGGCGGAGCAGCGUGAGGUGGAAGAGCGGCACAGUGAUCCCAAUGUGUUCUUUGAACGCCUAGGCGCCGCCAACGACGCCGACGGUUUUUCUAUAGUGGCAGAACAGUUUGGGAAGUGCAUCUUCGCUGCACCACAGCUGCGAAAGGAGGCAACACUGUUUUCCGGUGAUCCCAUGGUCCGCGGGGCCGCGGGGGCUCAUGACAGUUGGAACGGCCUCGCCAUAUCGAGUGAUGACGACGACAUGAGGCUGGCGGCGGAGGAGGAAGACGGGGAGGCGGUGUACGAUGAAGAUGGGGAGCUGCUGCGGCCGGAGGCUGUCGAACUGUGGUAG